CGCCGUUCAGCAGCGCGCGGGACAUUUUUCUGGGAGCGAUUCUCUCUCCGCCUGGCUCAGUUGGUUUGGUGUCGGCGAACAGCUCGGAAGUGUCUCUCGGAGGAAUCGGCGAAAGCAUCUUGCAUCAAUCACCAGCGAGCGUGUGGUGUGGGAAAAGGAAAUUCCGGAAGUUUGUUCAGUCGAGUGUGGACAAAUCUUUAGCGUAACAUUCGGCAACGAUGGCCCUCAGCCGUAUCUACACCGCCAAGUUGGCCACUGCCAACAAGAACGUCCUCCCGGUGAUUGCGACGUACGUGCGCAAUGCCUCCGACAGCACAGACCUCAAGGCGGUCCUGAACGAGAAGGUCCCGAAGGAGCAGGAGCGUGUCAAGAACUUCCGUAAGCAGCAUGGCAACACGAAAGUGGGCGAGGUCACCGUCGACAUGAUGUACGGUGGUAUGCGUGGCAUCAAGGGCCUGGUGUGCGAAACCUCCGUGCUGGACCCCGAUGAGGGCAUCCGCUUCCGUGGACUGUCCAUUCCCGAGUGCCAGAAGGUCCUGCCCAAGGCUCCAGGUGGCCAGGAACCGCUGCCCGAGGGUCUGUUCUGGCUGCUGAUCACCGGCGAUGUGCCGACCAAGGCGCAGGUGGACGCGCUGUCCCGCGAGUGGGCGAACCGCGCCGCGCUGCCGUCGCACGUCGUGACCAUGCUGAACAACAUGCCGACGACGCUGCACCCGAUGUCGCAGCUGAGCUGUGCCGUGACGGCGCUGAACCACGAGAGCAAGUUCGCCAAGGCGUACGCGGAGGGUGUGCACAAGAGCAAGUACUGGGAGUACGUGUACGAGGACAGCAUGGACCUGAUUGCGAAACUGCCAGUGGUGGCGGCCACCAUCUACCGUAACACGUACCGUGACGGUAAGGGAAUCGGUGCGAUUGACCCGAAGAAGGAUUGGUCGGCCAACUUCACCAAGAUGUUGGGCUACGAAGACGAGAAGUUCACCGAGCUGAUGCGUCUGUACCUGACGAUCCACAGUGACCACGAGGGUGGCAACGUGUCCGCCCACACGGUCCAUCUGGUCGGCUCGGCGCUUAGCGAUCCGUACCUGUCGUUUGCCGCCGGCAUGAACGGUCUGGCCGGUCCCCUGCACGGUCUCGCCAACCAGGAAGUAUUAGUGUGGAUUCAGAAGCUGCGCAAGGAGCUGGGAGACAACGCCAGCGAGGACAAGGUCAAGGACUUUAUCUGGAAGACGCUCAAGUCGGGACAGGUCGUGCCCGGAUACGGCCAUGCCGUGCUGCGUAAGACCGAUCCUCGGUACACUUGCCAGCGCGAGUUCGCCCUGAAGCAUCUGCCGAACGAUGUGCUGUUCGGACUGGUCUCCAACAUCUACAAGGUCGUGCCCCCAAUCCUGACCGAACUCGGCAAGGUCAAGAACCCGUGGCCGAACGUAGAUGCCCACUCCGGUGUGCUGCUGCAGUACUACGGCCUGAAGGAGAUGAACUACUACACCGUGCUGUUCGGCGUUUCCCGCCUCGGCGUGUUGGCCUCGCUCGUCUGGGACCGUGCCCUGGGUCUGCCCAUCGAACGCCCCAAGUCCAUGUCCACCGAUGGACUGAUCAAGGCCACCAGCAAGUAAAGUUGCUGCCAACUCCCUUCAAGCAUCUUACCAAUCACAACCAAAAAAACAAAAUCAAACAGACCACCACAGAACAUCAUCCGCUCGCGUUCUCCGGAACAACACACGCCAACGGAGAAGAAACGAGUACGCAACGAACCAGCCUCUCGUUCAAGAGAAUGCCGGCAGCUUCGAUAGGAAAAGGCCAAUUCAGCUUCAGUUUAAAGUUUCCUCCAUCCCUUGUUGAAGCAAGCAAUGCAAAAAAGUGUGAACAUCGUCCUUUUGUUCCGACAUCCUUCAUAAGAAACCAACAAAACAAAAAACCAACCCGACCCGACAUUUGUAAAAUUGUAUGAUUUUUAUUAAGUGUUAAGAGCAUUAGUAACUUAAUUAGUUUUAGGAAGAACCGGUUCGCAGCGAAACCGGUGUGCGCCAACACACGAGAGGGCUCCCCGGAAGAAAACCACCACAAAAAAAGCAAAUGGGGGGGAGCCUUUCUUACUUCAAGUGGAAUUAAAAAUCAUACUUUUAUUUAUUGUCUAUUUAAACUAAUUAACUUAAAUGAUGAUAAGUGAAACUAAAGCUUUGAUAACGCGGUAAAAAGAGAACCAAUAAAGUGCGAAAUCGUAUAAAUAGACGAAAAACAAAAACAAAAACCGUUGGUGUGUUCUCUUUCUCAAACGUCAUGUUGAUCAUCAUCAAACACGAAACAUACGUAGUAAAACGAAUGCUACCUCAUAACCAACCAUCUCGGCUCGAGCGUGCUGUGAGAACUCUCUUCCCCCUUUGACACACUCUCACUUUUCACACAUUUCUUUUUCCGAAAAAAAAACACCCAACUCUGUCUCUUUCCCUUUCGCCAGCAGCAGCAGCAAACAAACAAAACUGUGGUUCGUUCGUAUGUGUGCGAUUUGUUUUAACAAAACGGCUUGCUUGCUGCAAGUCUGCUCGUUCAAAACAGCGGCUUUUGCAGCAACUGCAAGCAAAACCAUACAAAACUAAGAGUUAGAAAGUCGACGUUGAAAAAAAAAAAAAAAAAAACAAAGAAUAAACCCAAUAAGGCAUUAGCAAAAUGGCAACCCUCAACCAAGGAUAAUAAGCUAGUAGUGUUUAAGGCAGCAGCAAACCCCCACAACAAAAUGUUACAAAAGAGUAGUGCAGUAAACUAUUAGAGCGCGAGAUGUGAGCGCGCGACGUAGCGAAAGAUAUUAACUUGAAAAUUUCCAUUUAUGCAAGCAUUAGAUCACACACUGUUCCGACGUUGAUUCGUUUCAAACGUUCUUCUCUGAGGAUCGAUUUGCAAAAGCUUUUGGUUGAUUCUUAUUCUGUGGAAACAACAAUAGACAAAAACAUGUUUUUUUUUGCGCAACGCAUUGAUCGUUCUUUAAAACUAGCAAA